AUGAAGUUCUCCCUCUCCAUCGUUGCAAUCCUCUCUCUCGUCGGGGCGAUUACCGCUCUGCCUUCGCCUGUCAACCCGCCAGAGGAGCAGAAGGAUCCUCCUCUUGCCGCUCUUACUUUGGCGAAUGCACCCCCUCACAAUGAGAAAUUCCAAUGUGGAGGAAACACCUACACCGGAUACGACAUCUACGUCGCCGCUCGAUACGGUCUGAGCCUGUACCUUGCCAAACAGACGCGAGGGCGUGAGUAUUCCACAUACAAAGGUCAAGCUGAACAGAGUCUAACGAUCCCAGGAAACAAAUACCCCGAAUCCUUCUACAGCGACGACUCCAAAGGCGUCAAACUGCACUUCCCACCCGACUGCCCGGCCGACCACAGCCGCUACUCGUUCCCGCUCAAGAAGGGCGGCGUGCCGUACAACGGGGGUCCCAACAACCGCAACCAGGGCGACGAGCGCGUCGUCUACUACUAUGAGGAUGGCGAGAUCGAUGGGGACACAAAACACCCCAAGGCUUAUUACUGUGGGAUCAUGACGCAUAAGGGGGCGGCUGUGGGGGGGUUCCAUCAGUGCUGA